AGGAUGCGUUUUCAACGAAGACACCUUUUUUAUGCUAUUUUUACAGUUUGUAUUCGCAUCCCUCGUUGAGAAAGAGAAGCCCAAUAGAGAAACGCUAGAGUGCAUGGCACUUUAAGUGUAUCGGUUGUGCACGCGUUGUGCCACGGUUUGACAGCUCCACUAUAGCUUCUGCGCAUUACCUAUGCCGACUUUGCACUUGAUCGGAGGUGGGAGGAUGGGCUAUAAUACAAUCACAAUUCAGUGUUUUUCUUAUUCAGUUGUCUACUUUAGUGAUGGUUGAAGUAAAAUUAUUAUUGUAAUAAUUUACGGAAAUUUCUCAAGGAUUGAACAACUGCAACCACCGAAGAUGACACGUAAAGUCUUGUUGUAAUACAUUCGGAUUAAUGUUGUUACAAUGUAGCCUUGAUCAUGAUCAGCGAGAUGUUGCCAGCUACAGACAUGUUUCUAUUGAUACCAGAUAAUACCAUCCAAGAGAAUAAAACGGCAUAGGGCAGUUCAAGACCUGAUCUUUAUCCCGUGAUGAUAUGAGAGGCCAGAAGAGUUGGUGAUGAUGCUAAAGGACAUGAGCUGGCUGUGUCUGGUGGGGUUGUUCCUGACCUCCCUGCUGAUUGUGUUGGCCUGGCUGGUCCAGUACUCUUUAGCACUACUGCGCCUCAGGAGCCCCAGAUCAGUCACCCAGAGCAGGGGGGACACAUUCUGGCAACUUCCCUUCUCCCUCUCCCACCAAACCCAGGCUGGGGGAGUGUGGGGUUCCCUGUUAAAGCUCAGAUUUGGACGAGAUGAACCAGCAUCUGAGGCAGGAGUGAAGGGCCUGCUUGCCUCUCUGUUCUCCUUCAAGUCCUUCCGGGAACACUGGCAGAAAGCAUGGGUCAGAGCACUCAACGAGCAAGCUUGCAGGCACGGGAGUUCCAUCCAGAUCACCUUUGACAACAGUCUCCAGCUUCCUGCUUCAGCCAUAAUAGAUAGUGUGACCUGCACAGACCAAUCAGCUCGCAGUAUGGUUUUACAUUGUAAUUGUGCCGUUGACACAGUAACAUUUCCAGUGACAGUCACUCAGCAGUCACCUGCAGCCGUUUCCAUGGAUACCUACCAGAUCACCAUAGAGCCAAUGCUGGCCCAGUUGGUGGUGUGUCUGGAGGAGGUGGAGGAGGAGGGUCUCCUGGUGACCUGGACCUUCUCCAGACAGCCCACCUUCUUCCUCACGGUCUCUCCACGCAGGCUCCAGAGGGAGAACAAGGAUGCGGAGGCAGACCUGGAGAUGAUCGGAGAGCUGGUGGAGGACACUCUCUUCAGCACCCAGCCAGCCAUGAUCCUCAACCUUAAAGCCUGUGUCUCCAGUCCUGCGUUCCCCAGGGACCGUCUCCAACGGGGUCUGACCCCCCCGUCUCAGAGUGUCCCCAUACAGCGUCUGCUGCUACGCCAGCUCAGGGCCACGUGCCUGCGAGGAGGUCAGUCGUCUGGGGAGAUGUGCUGUGUGGUGAGUCUGAACCAGCCCUCCACUGAGAAGAGGACCCGCUUCCUUCCCAGGCCCGUCAGCCUUGCAGCCUCCCUGGACUGGAGCGAGGAUGUCACACUGGAACUAGGGCCAGAAACCAAAGAGCUCAAACUACGACUGCUGGAAAGGAGCAGCAAAGGGGAAAAAUUCUUGCCUGGCCACGCCUCCUUAGUCCUGGACCUGCCACGGAGAAGUCCUAUUGGACAGCAUGUGCUGUCAGUCAGCCAUGGUCAUGGCUUGGCACCAGUUGCAACAGUCACCUUUGAGCUGCAGCUCCUAGAAGUAAGGGAUUCCCGUGGCAGCCAUAGCGCUACACCCCUCCGCUCCUCUCAUACCCCGACAAAGAAGGUGGACGUGGACCGCACCAUCAUGCCGGAUGGCACCAUCGUCACCACAGUGACCACCAUCCAGUCACGACCCAAACUGGACCGUAAGAUGGGUGACUCUCCCUCUCGGUCUCCAUCCAAAGUGGAGGUGACAGAGAAAGGACCCACAAUCCUCUCUGAUGGCCUCCAUGGCGUGGCCGGAUCCAGCCCCACCCCCAGCCUAGAGAGUCCUCUCUCCAAUGGUCUAGACCCAGUAGCUGAUACAGCCAUCCGGCAGCUGACGGAGUCAGCCAGCAAGGUAGCUAGGAAGACGCCCACUAAAAGAAGCACACUCAUCAUCUCUGGGGUGUCAAAGGUUCCCAUCUCGGAGGAUGACUCGGCUCUGUCAGUGGGCUACGCUGCGGCCAUGGAUGCUGCCCUGCAGGGCGGAGCCUCCAACCACUAUGGGACGGGGCAUCAACAGGACCCGGAUGAGACCACGCCCUCGGACGUGUCGGAGCGGCCCUCGGUAGACGACGUGGAGUCGGAGACGGGCUCCACAGGUGCACUAGAAACACGCAGCCUCAAGGACCACAAAGUGGGCUUCCUCCGGAGCGGGACCAACCUGUUCUUCCGCAGAAGACACAGACAGAAGGACGCAAGCUUCAGUCAAUCCCACGAAGACAUCUCCAACCUCGGAAGCAACUCCGCCUCUGCGGCCACCAUUAGCCGCAAGAAAUCCGGCAGCUUCUCUCGCCGCCUCAUCAAGCGCUUCUCCUUCCGUUCAUCCUCCAAGUCGAAGGACAAAGCCAGUGCCACUAAUGGAGGGGCAAGCACAGCGGAUAACUGAGGGCACUGAAGGAUUUGGAGGUUAAGCUGCUGUAUCAGAAUGGAUGAUUGUCUGGGCUCAUGUUCUCUCUGUUCAUCCUGAGUUGGAGACCUUAACUUUAACAGUUGAUGGAGGCAGGACACCCCAGGUGGGUGGUCACUGGUUUCUCGUCAAAGCUUACCUCAGAGUGGAAUAACACUGUACUUUCAAGGAGGAGAAUGGAGAGAAUUAGUCUGGAAUCACACAGAAACAUAUUUAAUUUAAGAUGUCCCUGCUGCUCAUUGAAUUGAAGGUUGUGGGAGUGCUGUUGGCCCCAUGGAACAGAAGGGGGCAGUAAAGGAAGAUGGUCUGUGAAAUUGAUUUAUCUUAAAUAAUUGUAAUAUAUAUAUAUAUAUAUAUAUAUAUAUAUAUAUAUGAAAAGAUCUUCUUGGUUGCACUUUUUGAACUUUAUCUGAUUGUUUACAGCAAUUGAAAGCUUGUUCUUGUGCUAUUUAAAAUUAUUUGUCUAUUUUUUUCUUCUUUGCUCUUUGAUCCACAAAAGAGUCCUUGUGUACCCCAAAUAUUGAGUCAUGGUAGUUUCAGUGUGUAGUACAGACUUGAAUAGGUGUGAUUUAUUUCUUGCUUAGAUAAUAAUAAACAUAAAAACGUAGUGGAUGAAUAAAUAUUAACCAUCAGUCUUAAGUUGGUGAUAAUAUUGACUUAGUGUCUUAUUUAAUUUUUUAUGAUGUUCAUAAUUAUAAUCUCUAUAGAAAGCAGAACGCUUUCCUCUGCCUGUGUUUGUAUUGAUUUUCUCAGAUCAUGUUGUGAAAUUUUAAGGGUGACUUUUUUGGGAAACACAACCUUUGUUUAAUUUAAACCUUGCUCAACCAGCCUUUCAAUAGGGUUACGGUUAGGGUUUGAAGUUCACUUUUGAUCAGAGCAGCAAUAUUUAUUGAGGAUAUGCAAUCCCUUGAUGAACAAGAAUACUUUCAAUAAUUUGAUGGUAAUUGUUUCAGGUAGUUGAAUCAGGUAAAUGCUUCAAGUGAUCAAUACAGUUUUCAGAUGGAACUCUAGAUGCAAACGGUUAGCCCUAGUUUUGGCUUUGCAAUGCAAGACCCCUUCCUCCCUCCAGGACACAUGACCUGCCCCUCAAGAUGAACAUAUUAGACAUGUAUAGAUGUACAUACAUAGUUUUCUCUCUUUAUUGGUAUGUGUUUUGUAAAAAAAAAAAAUAUUAAAAAAAUAAUAUAAAUGAGCUAUAACUCAAUGUACAUCUUGUCAAAUAAGAUAAUGCAGUACUUGUGUAUUUCAAAACUGCACAAUGUAACAAAUUAUUUUGACUUCCUCUCAGAGUUUGUAUUGUAUCCCUACAGUAUAUUUGAUGUUACAGAUAGGGAAUGUGAUACCAUUGGAAAAAAGGGAACUUGUCAACCCCCGCCCACGUUUUAAGUAGAACUUCCAGAAUUGCAUACUCUUUGCCUAUAACACAAACAAUCUUUGUUGGUGCUAAAAAUGUUAAAUAAUGUCUUGAUAAUUUAAAACAUUUAAAAACGUUGGCUUCAGCAUACACAUGCUCCUCGUGCAUUUGCUGGCAGUCCUAACUUGGUCUGUUCUAUAAUGAGGGGCAGUAAAAAAAAGACAAAAAUCUUGAAACAUCUUUUCAUAUGUUUGGAGGCAAUGCUUAAAUUA